GCAGACUGGUCCAAAGAGCAGAUCUCUGUGCCUGAAUGAAACGGGUCUGCGAUGAUGGAUUCUGGAGUCAAGAAAUCCGCCCUUUCCAAUGAUCUCUCAGGCUGGCCAGGAAAAGGCAGGGAGCAGGAAUCCUCAGGCAUUCCGAUGGACAGACUUGUCAUGUUGCCAAAACAUGAACUCAGAGUCUGAUCUGAUUUCCAGGUACAACGCAUUUUGUGGCGCAAACGGAGAUGUUUUUGGGGUGCUCUCUCUGUGACGGGGGGGGGGCUACUAUCUUAGGCUGUAUAAAUUGCAACGCGCUUUAGUUCUGGGCUGCUUCACUCCUUGCAUGGGGCGGGGGGGGGGGGCUCUGCGCGCAAACAGAUCAACAGCUGCCUUGCUUUCCUCCUGGCCUCAAUGUGUUACCUCUGACGGAGACACAAGGGAGGAAUUGUGUUGGGGUGUGUGUGUGUGCAAAAGCCCAAGCCCUAUUUUUUCCGUAACACAGGAGUCACAGAGUCCAACCCGCUGCUCAAUGUGCACAAAUACCAAAAACAUGGAAUGGAUCUAAGAUCAUGGCGUGGGGGGCGGGGGGAGGGAAGGAUUUUGCAAUGUGAACAUUGUAGGGGGGGACCCCACUUUGCAGCUGAAUUGCCGGAAUCAGCCCCUCCCCCGCUCUCCUCAUCCCCAUAAGGAAGAAGGGAGGGGGAAAACCUUCCUCUCCUUCGUCCCCCUCAAUUCCUCCCUUCCCGGUACAUCCUCCUCUCACCCCGCGCCCACAACCCCAAAUCCCUCCACCAUGCGCUGCACCUCCUCCUCCUCCUCCUCCUCCCCGCAAUCCGGCUUCUGUUUCCGAAAUGAGCGGAGAGAGCCACCCUCCCAAACUGCCUGCUUCGCCCGCAAGUGGAGCUUCUACUCCGAAUUGCUGCUCUGUGGCGUAGCUCUAGGGGGCGCGCUUUCGGAAAGGGGAGGAGGAUGGGAAGAGGAGGAUCCCCGCCCCCCGUGGAUGUUGCAGGAAAGAAAUGAGACUCGAGAGCGAGGACAAAGAGGUAAAGGGGCGGCGGAGAGGGGGGGGAAGGACCCAGAGACCCCCGCCAGCUCCCCAAAGCGACUUCCGUGGGGCCUGGAUCCCUACAGGUGUGCUGCGAAGGGGGCUUUCCUUGGCCCCUUAGGCGCCUUGGCAGCGGCGGACAUGGGGCCCCAUUGCCCCGUUUCCCCCGCAUAGGCAUCCCUGGGGACGUGUGGGCUCCGCACGGAUAAAGGCGGGCCAUGAAAGGGUUAACGGGCGUGAGGGACGCCUGGAUAGAGAUCCCCCUGUCCCUAAUCUGUGCGUCUUGGGGUGGCCCCUCAGGAUGGAAAGAUGGGGGGUGAGGAGUGAGCCGCGCCAAGGGGGGCCUCUGGGUGCAGGGGAGACUCUGGAACAGAGGGAGGGAGUGAAGUGGGGAGGGGGAGCAUCCCUGGGACAGGGAAGGGCAGCAUUGGGGGGGGGGGAGAUCGGAAACCAGUCUUUGGGGAGACUUCUCCAUGGUGGCGCCUACGGGGAUUUUCUGGAGGGGCCGUCUUGGCUUCUCCCUCCCGCCCAAGAAUCGGCCACCCCUUCAAGGCGACCAGAGAGGGAUCCCUGAAAAGUGGGGGGUCCAGUCCCCCCACCCCUCCUUCCUGUAACCUCCAUCCUCUUCCCACCCCAUAAGCCCCCAUAACCCCUGCCCUGUCCAGGAAGAGGGGAGGGGAGAGGCCUUCUCAGAAGCAGCUCGUCGUUUCUGCAAUCCCACCCAGGAAGCAGCCAGAAACCUUUUCCUCUCUCUCAGGCUUCCAUCUUUCUAAUAAUAAUAAUAAUAAUAAUAAUAAUAAUAAUAAUAAAUCCAGCUUGCAGAAGUGCAAGCUGGAUUUCGAAGGGGCAGAGGAACCAGAGACCAAAUUGCAAACAUGCGCUGGAUUAUGGAGAAAGCUAGAGAGUUCCAGAAAGACAUCUACUUCUGCUUCAUUGACUAUGCAAAAGCCUUUGACUGUGUCGACCACAGCAAACUAUGGCAAGUUCUUAAAGAAAUGGAAGUGCCUGAUCACCUCAUCUGUCUCCUGAGAAAUCUCUAUGUGGGACAAGAAGCUACAGUUAGAACUGCAUAUGGAACAACUGAUUGGUUCAAAAUUGGGAAAGGAGUACGGCAAGGCUGUAUUUUGUCUCCCUGCUUAUUUAACUUAUAUGCAGAAUUCAUCAUGCGAAAGGCUGGGCUGGAUGAAUUCCAAGCCGGAAUUAAGAUCUCCGGAAGAAAUAUCAACAACCUCAGAUAUGCAGAUGACACAACAUUGAUGGCAGAAAGUGAAGAGGAAUUAAGGAACCUUUUAUUGAGGGUGAGUGCAAAAUAUGGUCUGAAGCUCAACAUCAAAAAAACGAAGAUCAUGGCCACUGGUCCCAUCACCUCCUGGCAAAUAGAAGGGGAAGAAAUGGAGGCAGUGAGAGAUUUUACUUUCUUGGGCUCCAUGAUCACUGCAGAUGGUGACAGCAGUCACGAAAUUAAAAGACACUUGCUCCUUGGGAGAAAGGCGAUGGCAAACCUAGACAGCAUUUUAAAAAGCAGAGACAUCACCUUACCCACAAAGGUCCGUAUAGUUAAAGCCAUGGUUUUCCCAGUAGUGAUGUAUGGAAGUGAGAGCUGGACCAUAAAGAAGGCUAAUCGCUGAAGAAUGGAUGCUUUUGAAUUAUGUGCUGGAGGAGACUCUUGAGAGUCCCAUGGACUGCAAGAAGAUCAAACGUAUCCAUUCUUAAGGAAAUCAGCCCUGAGUGCUCACUGGAAGGACAGAUUGUGAAGCUGAGGCUCCAAUACUUUGGCCACCUCAUGAGAAGAGAAGACUCCCUGGAAAAGACCCUGAUGUUGGGAAAGAUUGAGGGCACAAGAAGAAGGGGACGACAGAGGACGAGAUGGUUGGACAGUGUUCUCGAAGCUACAAACAUGAGUCUGACCAAACUGUGGGAGGCAGUGGAAGACAGGAGUGCCUGGCGUGCUCUGGUCCAUGGGGUCACGAAGAGUCGGACACAACUAAACGACUAAACAACAACAUUAUUUGUACCCUGCCCAUCUGGCUGGGUUUCCCCAGCCACUCUGGGCGGCUUCCACAGAGACCAAAAAUACACUAAAAUGUCACACAUUUUAUGUCACAAAAAUACACUAAAAUGUCACAAAACUUCCCUGAACAGGGCUGCCUUAAGAUGUCUUCUGAAUGUCAGGUAGUUGUUUAUCACUUUGACAUCUGAUGGGAGGGCAUUCCACAGGGCGGGCGCCACUACCGAGAAGGCCCUCUGCCAGGUUCCCUGUAGCUUUGCUUCUCGCAAUGAGGGAACCGCGCUGGACCUCAGCGUCUGGGCAGAACAAUGGGGGUGGAGACGCUCCUUCAGGUAUACUGGGCCGAGGCCGUUUAGGGCUUUAAAGGUCAGCACCAACACUUUGAAUUGUGCUCGGAAACAUACUGGGAGCCAAUGUAGGUCUUUCAAGACCGGUGUCAUGUGGUCUCGGCGGCCGCCCCCAGUCACCAGUCUAGCUGCCACAUUCUGGAUUAGUUGUAGUUUCCGGGUCACCUUCAAAGGUAGCCCCACAUAGAGCGCAUUGCAGUAGUUCAAGCGAGAGAUAACCAGAGCAUGCACCACUCUGGCGAGACAGUCCGCGGGCAGGUAGGGUCUCAGCCUGUGUACCAGGUGGAGUUGGUAGACAGCUGCCCUGGAUACAGAAUUGACCUGCGCCUCCAUGGACAGCUGUGAGUCCAAAAUGACUCCCAGGCUGAGCACCUGGUCCUUCAGGGGCACAGUUACCCCUUUCAGGACCAGGGAGUCCUCCACACCAGCCUGCCCCCUGUCCCGCAAAAACAGUACUUCUGUCUUGUCAGGAUUCAACCUCAAUCCAUUAGCCGCCAUCCAUCCUCCAACCACCUCCAGGCACUCACACAGGCCCUUCACCGCCUUCACUGGUUCUGAUUUGAAAGAGAGGUAGAGCUGGGUAUCAUCUGCAUAUUGAUGCAGAUCCAAACCCCCUGAUGAUCUCUCCAAGUGGCUUCAUAUAGAUGUUAAAAAGCUUGGGGGAGAGGACGGAACCCUGAGGCACCCCACAAGUGAGGGCCCAGGGGUCUGAACACUCAUCCCCCACCACCACUUUCUGAACACGGCCCAGGAGGAAGGAGCGAAACCACUGUAUAACAGUGCCCCCAGCUCCCAGCUCCUCUAGAUGGUCCAGAAGGAUGUUAUGGUCGAUUGUAUCAAAGGCCGCUGAGAGAUCCAGCAGAACUAAGAAACAGCUCUCACCUUUGUCCCUAGCUCGCCGGAGAUCAUCAACCAGCACAACCAAGGCAGUUUCAGUCCCAUGAUGAGGCCUGAAUCCCAACUGGAAGGUAUCCAAAUGGUCUGCAUCCUCCAGGCAUGCCUGGAGUUGUUCAGCAACCACUCGCUCAAUCACCUUGCCCAAGAAUGGAAGAUUUGAGACUGGACGAUAGUUGGCCAAAUUGGCUGGGUCUAAAGAUGUUUUUUUAAGAAGUGGUUUAAUGACCGCCUCUUUCAGCGGGUCUGGGAAGACUCCCUCACAGAGGGAAGCAUUCACCACCCCGCAGAGCCCAUUGCCCAGCCCUUUCCGGCUAGCUUUUAUAAGCCAGGAUGGGCAAGGAUCAAGGAGACGGGUGGUUGGUUUCACGCAUCCAAGCAGCCUGUCCACAUCCUCGGGGGUAACGGAUUGAAAUUGAUUCCAUGCAACUUGACCAGACAGGGCUCUAGCACUCUCCCGCCCCAGCCCUGCUCCCACGGUGGUGUCUACCUCCUUCUGAAUAUGAGUGAUUUUAUCUGCAAAAAACUUUGCAAAAUCGUUGCAGGAGAUCUUGGGGUCUUUACAAGGCAUAGGUGGUAAAGGUGGUUUUGUUAAAUUGUGGACCACCUGAAAGAGUCUCCUGCUACUAUUUUCUGCAGAUGCAAUAGAGGCAGUGAAGAAAGUCUUCUUUUCCGUCGCUAUCGCCACUUGGUAGGCUCGACGUUGAGCUCUAACCUGUGUCCAGUCAGAUUCGGAAUGAGUUUUCUGUCACCGACGCUCUAGCCGUCUCAGCGAUUGUUUCAUUGCCUCAGCUCCGAAGAAAACCAUGGGGGUGUCCAGGCUCCAUGCAGUCGGAGAGGGCGCUUCGGAGCCAGACAGUCGAUAACCCUGGUUAACUCCGCAUUCCAGCAGGCCACCAGGGAAUCAGCUGAAAGGCCAUCAACAUGGAUAAAGCAUCCCCUACCACUCUCUGGAAACCAUUUGGAUCCAUUAAGUGGUGGGGGCAGACCAUCCAAAUUGGUCCUACCUCCCUGCAGAGGGGAAGGGUCGUGGAGAAGUCCAGUUGCACCAGGAAGUGAUCUGACCAUGGCACUUCUUUUCUUUCACAUUUACUUAGUGUCAGAUCACCCACGUCACUAGAGGUGAACACCAGGUCUAAGGCAUGUCCGUGACUAUGAGUUGGGCCAAACUUAUUCAGGGACAGCCCCAUGGAGGCCAUGCUUUCCACAAAGUCCCAAGCAGCCCCUUGUAAGGUCAUGUUGGCAUGGAUGUUAAAAUCCCCUAGGACAACCAAACUAGGUAUCUCCAGGAGAACAUCCACCAUGACCUGAAGCAGCUCGGACAGGGAAUCCUUGGUGCAGCGGGGAGGUCAGUACACCAAAAGGAAUCCUGUACUGCCCCUAUUGCCCAGCUUCCAGAACAUGCACUCAGAGAACUGGGUCUUCCCAGUAGGACACCUGAUGCAAGCUAAUGACUUCCUAAAAAUCACUGCGACCCCCCCCUCCCCACCCACAUGACCUGGGUUGCUGUGCGUAAGCAACCGGAAGAUCAACAGGUUGAUGGACUCUAUGGAGUUGACGGAAAGGACUGGCAGAAUCCGAAACCAGGGAGAGGAGAUGGUGGAAGAAGAUUGGAAAAUUUAAAGUUUAUAUAUAGACAUAUGGUAAAACUAAUGAGUGAUAGAAAAAUGUUGGAAUGAUUUUUAUGGGCUUAGCAGAAAUGUUAUAAGGAGUUAAGCAUAUAUAAGUAUUUUAGUUUUAAUGGAAAAUAAGGUUAAAAAUACGUUAUUUACAAUAUGAUAGAAAAUGGAGAAAGAUGGAAAGGAUUUGCUGAAACAAUUAAUAGAAGUGGAAUACAAAAAGGGAGGUGAGAGGAGGUCGAGGAAACAAGGGAAUGAAAGAUAGAGUAUGGAAAAGGGAUGAUGUAUGUUUUUAAAUUGUUUUUGUUUUGUUUUAUUUAGGGUUAAGGUUAGGGAGCGUGGUUUGUUUAGUUUAGUUUAAUGUGUUUAGUUUUGAGUUUAGGUUGUGUUUUGCAUUGUCUAUAUAUUGUACUAUAUUGUGUGUUUUUUUCCCUUCUCCUUUUUGCUUUCCUCCUUUGUCUUUUUUUCUGUUUUUCUCUUCCCUUUUUGUAAUCUAUAAAAGUAAUAAAUAUUAUUUUUUUUUAAAAAAAAAGAGAAACCAGGUGGGCAAGCAGCGGCAAGGAAAGGCCCAUUUGCUUCAUCCAACCAGGUCUCUGUCACACAUGCCAGGUCAAAUCCUCCAUCCACAAUCAGGUCGUGGAUGGCAGUGGUUUUAUUUAUCAUUGACCUGGCAUUACACAGCAACACCUUCAGGUCAUGUGGGUUUCCCCUGUUGAUUCCAGCAUCCCUCCGGUCAAGGCCAGACCCGGAGGCAGGGAUAGUCUUCAAACAAUGACUAAACCUGCCUCCUCGGUAAUGACAUGGUCUGGUCUUAGCGUAAUUCCUCCUCCUGCCCAUGAUCACCCAGAUCGGAUGUGCUAGUGCUUCCCGCCCCCCGUGGAACUUGUCCCAGCCAUUGUGUUGGCUGGGGCCCCACUCCCAGGCAGCCCUGAUCCUGCCCCUUAAAAAUGAAACACAAACUAUACACAACCAAUAAAACAACAAAAACAGAACAAUUAUAUUCAAAUUAAUCCCCAACCAAAUAUCCAUCCCACCGACCCACUCCCAACAAAGGAAAAAAGGGGAAAAAAAUUUAAAUGCCACCGACUGCUUGAGGACAUUUUAAAACACAUUAACCACUUGGAACAGGGAAGCAGUAGCAGAACAACUUCCCUCACUUUCCCAAAAGUUUGUUCCAAAUAAGGGCCUGGGCCAGUUAGAAAGGGCCCUGGAAGGGAGCAGGCCCUGCAGUCCUCACCACAGGCGAUGGUCUGUUUCUCUUCCACUUCCUGGUUCCACUACAAAUAAAAAACAGUAAAAUAUCAGACAUUAAAAACCUCCCAAUACAGGGUUGCCUUCAGCUGUCUUCUAAAUGUCAGAAUGUUGCCCAUUUCCUCGCCCUCUGCCUGGUUCCCUGUAACUUCGCUUCUCGCGGGGGGGGGGGGAUCAGCAGAAGACCUUCAAAGGAGGACCUCCCUGUCCGGACUGAGCGAUGGGGGUGGAGAUGCUCCUUCAGGUCUACAGGGCUGAGGCUGUUGAGGGCUUUAGGUUGCAGAUCUUGCUGCUCCAUAACAAUCUCAUUCAGCAAAUAAAUUUAUUACUGAAGGCAAAGAAGCAUAACAGGUUCCAAAAAAUAGCAAAAACUUACAUAAAACCCUAACUUAGCAUACCAAAACAGCACUCAACUAAGAAUCAAACAAGCAGAGUAGAGAAAUAGCAGACUAGGAAGUGGGACCAGGCGCCUUUCAGCCUUGUAAUUUAUAUUCCAUUAAAUGUCAGAGUAACCUUGGGACUGGAUAACAAGCCUGGCUCACUCCAGUUUAAACCAGCUUCAUCUGGUUCCCCAAAACAAGAAAGGUUCUUCAUAACCUCAUCGCAACUUAUCCCACCACCAGCUCUCAGCAAAAAGAAACUGCCGAGUUUCAGGAAGCCUGCAUUAGAUCAAUACUUUUCUAUGCCAGGAAAAUGCAACCAUGACACUUUAAAGGUCAGCACUAACAAUUUGAAUUGUGCUUGAAAAUAUGCUGGGAGCCAGGUAAGGUCCUUUAGGAGCAGUGAUAUGUGGUCUCGGCGCUGAUCCCAUUCAGUUGCAGUUUCUGGGUCACCUUCAAACGUAGCCCCAUGUAGACCACAUCGCAGUAGUCCAAGCCGGAAAUAACCAGAGCAUGCACCACUCUGGCGAGACAGUCUGCGGGGAAGGAGGGUCUCAGCCUGCGUUCCAGAUGGAGCUGCUAGACAGCUGCCCUGGACACAGAAUUGACCUGUGCCUCCAUGGUCAGCUGUGAGUCCAAAAUGAUCCCUAGGCUGCACACCUGGUUAUUUAGGGGCACAGUUACCCCAUCAGAACCAGGGGGUCCCCCACACCUGCCCACCCCCUGUUCCCCAGGGACAGUGCUUCUGUCUUGUCAGGAUUCAAGCUCAAUCUGUUAGCCACCAUCCAUCUUCAAACCACCUCCAGGCACCAAAACAGGGCAUUCACCGCCUUCACUGAUUCCGAUUUAAAUGAGAAGAAGAGCUGGGUAUCAUCCACAUACUGGUGAAAACCCAGGGAAAAGCCCCGAUGAUCUCUCCCAGCAGCUUCUUGUAGAUAUUAAAAAGCAUGGGGGAGAGGACGGAGCCCUGAGGCACCCCACAAGUGAGAGCCCAGGGGUCUGAACACUCAUCCCCCAACUUUCUGGACAUGGCCCAGGAGGAAGGAGGGGAACCACUGCAUAGCAGGGCCCCCAGCUCCCCUAGAGGGUCCAGAAGGAUACCAAGGUCACAGGUCUCCAAAACUGCUGAGAGAUCCAGCAGAACCACGAAACAGCAGAACCGGGGAAGUUUCAGUUCCAUGAUGAGGCCUGAAUCCCAAUUGGAAGGAUAAUGGUGGCAGAAGCUUUCCUGGUCCUGCAACCCAAAAGCUCCAGACACAAGACUUUCAUUAGCUUUCAAGGGGCCAUCGGAUACUUGGUGGUCUUUUCUUCAAAAGACAAAUAUUCUGAUUACUUUUUAAUUGAUGUAUGAUAUAAACAGCACUUCUGUUUUACAUAUUCCACAUUGGAGAGAUUUUGAUACACAGGUCUGAGUUCAUCGCUCCCCCUGAAACUGCUGUGUUAGCAGCACUGCCUGGGCAGUGUGUUUGGGGGUCCUGGGCUGCCUAGACAACAAGACCCCCUUCUCAGCCUGGCUUAUAUGGUCCCAAGGAAAGCAGAGCAGUACGUUAGGCACCAGCUUGGCUGCAGGAGUGGCUGGAAGGUGGUGUGCAGGACACCAUCUAACCAUCUUAGAGACUCCACUCUGGAUUUCUGUAGGUUUUCCUCCAUAGCAUUUUCUUAUCCUGAAGAUAACUCAAGAGGAAGUGAGGGAGUGCACCAAAGUAUUACGACCAGAGUUUUCCUUCUCGAAGGGUUCCCUUCCCUGGUUUACGAGCCCCAUCUGCCCUCACUUUCCUCUGCAGAAUGAGCAGAAUCUGCCUUCUUGACUGUGGAAUUCACUGUUGUUCUCAUCCUCUCCAUCCACCAGGGCCUGCCUUCACCUGCAACAGAAUUCCGUAAUACACCAAGGAUUUGAGACCCAUCAGGUAUCCUCACCUGGUUUAGCUGGCCGGUUGAAGCCGUUCCUGGGAUUGUGGCCCCUGUUCCAUCCUGACAGCUUCUGGAAGCCACAGGUGAGAGCUGAGUGCAGGGUGGGGACCAAUGGUGGAUAAAUUACCCCAUAAGGUGCAUGACAUUUCCCCCACCAAAGGUACUACCGCUCCCCUAACACCCCAUGACAUCGUAUGAUUAUGAUCUUUAAGACAGGACAGGAAUAAAUUCAUAUCCCCAGAAAUAACACAACUUCAGGCCAUUCGUGAAUCAAUAUUACAUUUUCAAGGUACUACACAUUCCACUAAGUACAGUUUAUCUAUUUGCCUUGAAUAUCCUGCUUUUCAGUGUCAUUUUAGGAUAGUCCUGCGUCAGAAGACGGGCAUGAGAUCAGACAGCACACCAUUCUUCAAAAAAUCAUGCUGCUUCAUGAACAUUGAUUGAGGAUAUUGAAACUUGCUCAUGAAUUAUUAUCAUUUGUUUUUUUUUAUAAUUUUUUAUUAAAGUUUUAAACAACAAAAGAAAAAGAAAACAACACACACAAAAAACAGUACAAAACUCAACAGUAAAAAACACAAAGCAUAACAAUUAAAAACAAACUCUCUUUUCCAUUUCCAAUUUUAAAAUACUUAUUUUCUAGACUUCCUCAUACCUCCCUCUUUUGUAUUCCAAUCUACAUUAUUUGUCCAGCAGUUUCUCUUCCACUUUUUUAAUCCCAAUCUUUAACUUAAUAAAAUGUUAAAAUAUAUAACUUCAACUUUUUUAAACCUAAUCCUUGAUCUUAAUGUCAUAUAACUUUAAAAUUUUCCCUUUUAACCUGUACAGCUGGAAACCAUUUACUUUCGGUCCAACAUCCCUUUAACAUUCCUUAAUUUUGCAAUGUUUCUGAAGGUAGUCUUUGAAUUUCUUCCAGUCUUCCUCCAUCGACUCUUCUCCCUGGUCACGGAUUCUACCAGUCAUUUCCGCCAAUUCCAUAUAGUCCAUAAGUUUCAUCUGCCAUUCCUCCAGCGUGGGAAGUUCUUGUGUCUUCCAAUACUUUGCGAUGAGUAUUCUUGCUGCUGUUGUUGCAUACAUAAAGAAAGUUCUAUCCUUUUUAAACACCAUUUGGCCGACUAUGCCCAGGAGAAAGGCCUCUGGUUUCUUAGGGAAGGUAUACUUAAAUACCUUUUUUAAUUCAUUAUAUAUCCUUUCCCAGAAAACCUUAAUCUUUGGGCACGUCCACCAAAGGUGAAAAAAUGUACCUUCAGUUUCUUUACAUUUCCAACAUUUGUUAUCGGGCAAGUGAUAGAUUUUCGCAAGCUUGACUGGGGUUAUGUACCACCUGUAUAUCAUUUUCAUGAUAUUCUCUCUUAAGGCAUUACAUGCCGUAAAUUUCAUACCUGUGGUCCAUAACUGUUCCCAGUCAGCAAACAUAAUGUUAUGUCCAACGUCCUGUGCCCAUUUAAUCAUAGCCGAUUUUACCGUUUCAUCCUGAGUAUUCCAUUUCAGCAGCAAGUUGUACAUUCUUGACAAAUUCUUAGUUUUGGGUUCUAACAAUUCUGUUUCUAAUUUGGAUCUUUCCACCUGGAAGCCAAUUUUCCUGUCCAAUUUAAAUACCUCCAUUAUCUGAUAAUAAUGAAGCCAGUCUCGCACUUUAUUUUUUAGUUUUUCAAAACUCUGCAAUUUCAAUCUAUCUCCGUCUUGUUCCAAAAUUUCCCAAUAUUUCGGCCAUUUGACCUCCAUAUUGACCUUUUUCAAGGCUUUCGCUUCCAUUGGUGACAGCCACCUUGGGGUUUUAUUUUCUAGCAAAUCCUUAUAUCUUAUCCAAACAUUAAACAGCGCUUUCCUGACAAUGUGGUUUUUAAAUGCUUUAUGUGCUUUGACCUUAUCAUACCAUAAAUAUGCAUGCCAUCCAAAUACAUUAUUAAAACCUUCUAGGUCCAAAAUGUCAGUGUUUUCAAGAAGUAGCCAUUCUUUCAACCAGCAAAAAGCUGCUGAUUCAUAGUACAGUUUGAGGUCUGGCAGGGCAAAUCCACCUCUUUCCUUUGCAUCCGUUAGUAUUUUAAAUUUUAUUCUGGGUUUCUUGCCCUGCCAGACAAAUUUAGAAAUAUCUUUCUGCCACCUCUUGAAACAAUCCAUUUUGUCCACAAUUUGCAAUGUUUGAAACAAAAACAACAUUCUAGGCAAUACAUUCAUUUUUAUCGCAGCAAUACGGCCUAGCAGUGAAAGCUUCAAAUUUGACCAAAUUUCUAAAUCUUUUUUCACUUCUGACCAACAUUUUUCAUAGUUAUCUUUAAAUAAAUUCCAUUUUUUGCUGUCAUGUUAAUCCCCAGGUAUUUAACUUUCUUAACCACUGUUAAACCUGUCUCAUUCUGAAACCUCUCUCUUUCAAACGGUGUUAAAUUUUUCUCUAGAACCUUGGUUUUUGACUUGUUCAAUUUAAAUCCUGCCACUUGACCAAAUUCUUGAAUCAGUUCUAAAACCCUUUUAGUACUAGAUUCUGGCUCCUGUAACGUCAAUACUAAGUCAUCUGCAAAUGCUCUCAAUUUAUAGUGUUUAGUUCCGACCUGUAUACCUUUAACCAUCUGGUCCCUUCUAAUCAUAUUCAACAGAACCUCCAGGACCGAAAUAAAAAGAAGUGGGGAAAUUGGGCAACCUUGUCGUGUCCCUUUUUCAAUUUUAAGUUCUUCCGUCACAACAUUAUUUACAAUUAGUUUAGCCUUUUGUUCUAAAUAAAUUGCACUUAUACCAUUCUCAAAACCUUGGCCUACCCCCAUACCCUGUAGAUUCUUCUUCAUAAAAUUCCAAGAAAUAUUGUCAAAGGCUUUCUCCGCGUCUACAAAUAUCAACACUGCUUUAGUGUUUAUAUUCACUUCUAAUUUUUCCAAAAUAUCAAUUAUAUUCCUCAAAUUGUCAGACAAAUGUCUUCCUGGGAGAAAGCCCGCUUGGUCUUUAUGAAUCUCUUCCAUCAACACUUUUUAAAUCUCUUCGCCAAAAUAUCUGCAAAAAUUUUGUAAUCCACAUUAAGUAAUGAUAUAGGGCGGUAGUUCUUAAGUUGUGUCUUUUCAGUCUCUGUUUUUGGUACAAGUGUAAUAUAUGCUUCUUUCCACGACUCUGGUGCCCUCUUCCCCUCCAUUAUUUCAUUGCAGACCUCUUUCAAUGGUUGAAUUAACCAUUCUUUUAAAGAUCUGUAGUAUCUAGAGGUCAAGCCAUCUGGUCCUGGAGAUUUACCCAGUUGCAUGUUUUGAAUGGCACCUUCUAUUUCCUGUUCAGUUAUUCUGUCAUUCAAAAUUAGUCUAUUUUCUUGAGAUAUUUUUUGUAGUCCAUUUGUUUUCAAAAAUUGGUCUAAAUCUGUUUCUUUCACUGGCCCUUGAGUAAAUAGUCUUUUAAAAUACUUGUGGAAACAACUUCUAAUCUCCGCAGGGUUCUGUAUAUUCCUUCCUUCCACUUCUAAAUUCGUAAUCGUAUUUAGUUUUUGUCUCUUUUUCAUUUGCCAUGCCAACAAUUUACCACAUUUAUUGGCCGAUUCAAAAGUCUUUUGUCUCAUUUGUUUAAUUUUCCAUUCUAUUUCCUGAUUCAUUAUUUUCAUAUAUUGUACUCGAUAUAACUUUAACUCUCUCAGAAUCUCUUGAGAUUUGGGAUUUACUCUCAGUCUUUUUUCACAUUCAUUCAUUUUGUUCAUAAUUUUAUCCUUCUUCUCAUUUUGAGUUCUUUUCUUUAUCGCAUUCUGUUGUAUUAAGAACCCUCUCAUAACCGCUUUACUUGCAUCCCAGAUUACUCUUUUCUCCACGUUGGAACUAAGAUUUAUCUCGAAGUAAUCUCUUAGAGUUUUUUGGGCCUUCUUAAGAAAUUCUUCAUCUCUAAAUAAGGUGUCAUUCAUCUUCCAUCUGAAGGAGCCAGUUGGUGUUAGUCUCAUUUCCAUCUUAACAGCAUUGUGGUCGGAGCAAAUUUUCGGGCAGAUUUCCACCUUUCUUGUCUUUGGUGCCAUUCCUCUAGUUAUCCAGAUUUGGUCAAUUCUUGUCCAAGUCAUUUUGGCUUCAGAAAAGAAAGUUCCCUCUUUAGCCAAGGGGUUUCUAAUUCUCCAAAUAUCCACUAAAUCCAAGUUGUCUGUCAUAUCAAAAAAGGUUUUCGGUAGUCUACCAUCUUUGGUGACUACCUGUCUUUGUGCCUUGUCCAUAUAAGUAGAUACCACUCCAUUCAUAUCUCCCAUCAAAAUCAUGUUGUAAUCCAUAUGGUCCAUCAAGGUCUCAUGCAACUUCUUAAAAAAAUCAAAUUUCCCGUCAUUUGGUGCGUAAACUCCUACAAUCAAAAAUUUUUCUCCUUGUGUUUGAAUUUCAAUUGCCACAAAUCUUCCUUGGUCAUCUUUAAAAACAAAUUUUGGUGAUAAAUUGUCUUUUGCGUAGAUCACAACCCCUCUCUUUUUAACUUUAUCUGACGAAAUAAAUUCCUGACCAAGUCUUUUAUUUAUCAACAAUUUCCUGUGUAAUCUUGUUAUAUGUGUUUCUUGUAAACAAAUUAGGUCCAAUUGUUCGUUUUUUAAUAUAUGAAAUACUGACUUCCUUUUCUGAGGGGAAUUCAAACCCCGACAGUUCCAUGUUAAAAGUUGCAGGGCCAUGAUGUUAUUGUUUUAGUUCUCCUCCUACUGCACCUAGUGCCUGUUCCUCAUCCGUCGGUGGUAUCCCUUCUUUCGAACGGUCUUUUGGUUCCGGAAAUAGUUCUUUUUGUAGGUCUUCUCCGUGGUCUCUGCAAAAUUUGUCUUUGUCGUCUUCCGAUCUUAUUUUCCUCUUCUUUCCUUUGUAGCUAAAAGACAGGCCUUGAGGGAGUUCCCACCUGAAGUUGAUAUUGUUCCUUCUCAGCAGGGUAACCAAGUCUUUAUAUUUUGAUCUGAGAUCCAGAAGGUAUUUCGGAAUAUCUUUGAAUAUUUCCACCCUUGUCCGAUGGAUUUCCAGUGUCUUCUUGAAAUGUAGGCCCAAAAUCUUAUCCCUCUCUUCUUUUGUUCGAAAAGUAAUCAGACAGUCUCUCACCUUCUUCUCUCCUCUUCUCCCAAGUCUGAAAGCAUUUACUAUUCUAAAACUGUCUUUUGCCAGUUCUGGAUCCCCAAAGUCCAAAAAUUCCUGCGUGAGAAAUUCAGCUAGAUUGUCCUUUUCCACCUCAGGUACCGAUCUGACCCGCAAAUUCACUCGCUUUUCCUUCAAAUCUAUCAUAGACAGGGUUAGUUUAUGGUCUUCCAAUUGUUUAUGCAGUGUUGGUAAUUCCUCUUGAACCUCUUUAACUUCAGUAGCAGAAGUUGUAGCAAUUUCUUUAGCCUCUUCCGCAAUCUGGCGUGUUGAGGCCGAUUCCUCUAAUAAUUUCUGAAUAGUCUCUGUGUUAGUAUUUACUUUUUGGCCCAGGUUAUUUAUGCUUGCAGUAUUUUGAUCAAUCUUGUCACAUGCCUCUGCUACUUGUUGGCUUAUUCUAUUUAAAGAUUCAUUGACUUUGGCCAAAACUUGAGCAAAGGCAUCAUCACUUGUCGUACUUUUUACCUUUAAUUGUGCCGAUGAGGCUGUUGUUGAGGUUCCAGAAGGGCCUGAGGCCGAAAAUCUCCUUUGUAAUCCUUCUUCUGUGCGAAUAGUCCUCCCCAAUCUUGUAGUCGAAGCAUCCACCUUCUCUUUACCAUUUGCCAUUCCUUAGAUAAUGCUCAAGGUCAGUCACGUAGUUGAAAUUAAACAGUGGAAAUUUCCUACCAAGCAGUGUGAGAACUCCUCAAGCCCGCUACAGUUUCAAUUAUAACAAGUUGUAACAGUUCCAAGUUCCACUAGGGGGACACUGUAACAGUCAUAAAAGUUCUUGGAUACUUUAAUUUCUUUUUUAAGCCCCCCUAGUUUGUUCAGGAAGAAAACAGUCUAUUCACAAUCUUUAACUUAGGACCAGGAGAUAUAUAUUCACAUAAUUUGUCCAAACUUUUAUUUCCUGUGCAGGACUAGCUGUCAAAAUAUAUUGCAAGGCAGUACCUCUCUUUCUUUCCUAAGAUCUGGAGAUCCUUUCCCAGGGAAUUGAGUGAUGGUUUAAUCCCUUCUUUUCCACUCUUUAUGAAGAAAUCACAUCCACAAUUCUCCCCCCUUUUCCCUCAAUUUAAAGAGGGAAGAGUCCAGGUUGGAUGAUUGGAUUAAAGUCCGCUAAAACGUACUUUUCAAAUGCUUCCGCUUUCAAGUUCAAUGCUUUAUUUUAUCUACAAAGAAAGAGGCUGACUUCCUUUUUAAACCUCUUUCCGUUUUCGGCCAGAUUCCAGUUUGUACAGUUCCAAUUAGAUUUUAUCCUACUCACGGAUCGUUGAUUUUCAGGUCCAGAUUUCAAGGAAGAAAGGCAGCGCUCUCCGGUCAACAGCUUGCGGCUUCACACCACGAACGAGCAGACAGCCCACAGCACAGCGCUCUCCCCCGCUCCGAUUUCAAGCCCGUUGCUGGGCUUUUUACCGGGUUGGGGGGGCGCCAAAUGUGCCCGCUGGGUCCCAGGCUCACAGGCUUCCCCCGCCUGUGAUUUUUGAGGGUCCCCCGCUGCGCCGAAGCGGGAUCCGACCCUUUUCUCGUGGCGCUAAUUCCCUCUAGCCGAGGAAAUCCACCAUCGACCGCUGGCGCCGCCUCCGGAAGUCAUGAAUUAUUAUCAUUUGACAUGGCAACUUUAUUUCCUAAAAACUGGGGAAAUGGGUAGGGAAUGUAGGAGACGUUGAAAUAGGAGAAGGUGCUAAUGGCAUCUGAUGUGCUCUCUUUUCCUUUGUUCUCUUCCUUGAAAGCCAAAAAGGAUUUCCUUUCCUCCCACUCUGAAGAAGGGGAUGGAGAAGACAGUCAAAACUCCAGGGAAUGGUGCACCUUUUGUUUCAUUAGGAAUAGAAUUUAAAAUGUGGAAUAUGCUUCACUGAUAGUUCACAUCAACGACCUCCAACAGGGGAGAUACCAUAUAAAGGUAUGGAGAUCGGAAAGAGCUUUAGUGAUAAUGGUAAACUUAGAACACAUCAACAGAAUAACACGAGGAAGAAACCAUAUAAAUGUAUGGAGUGUGGAAAGAGCUUCAGUCAGAGUGGACACCUCAAUACACAUCAACGGAUUCACACAGGGGAGAAACCAUAUAAAUGUAUAGAGUGUGGAAAGAGCUUUAGUGAAAAUGGAAAACUUAGAAGACAUCAACGGACUCACACAGGGGAGAAACCAUUUAAAUGCCUGGAGUGCGGAAAGAGUUUCAGUGAUAAUGCAACCCUUAGAAGACAUCAACGGACUCACACAGGGGAGAAACCAUAUAAAUGUGUAGAGUGUGGAAAGAGCUUUAGUGAUAAUGGUAGCUUUAGAAAACAUCAACGAACUCACACAGGGGAGAAACCAUAUAACUGUAUGGAGUGUGGAAAGUGCUUCAGGCAGAAUGGAGACCUUAAAUUACACCAGCGGAUUCACACAGGGGAGAAACCAUAUAAAUGUAUGGUGUGUGGAAAGAGCUUUAGUGAUAAUGGAAGCCUUAGAAGACAUCAACGGACUCACACAGGGGAGAAACCAUUUAAAUGCCUGGAGUGCAGAAAGAGCUUCAGUUUCAAUGCAACCCUUAGAAGACAUCAACAGACACACACAGGAGAGAAACCAUUGAAAUGUAUGGAGUGCGGAAAGAGCUUUCGUGAUAAUGGAAGCCUUAGAACACAUCAACGGACUCACACAGGGGAGAAACCAUAUAAAUGUGUAGAGUGUGGAAAGAGCUUUAGUGAUAAUGGUAGCUUUAGAAAACAUCAACGAACUCACACAGGGGAGAAACCAUUUAAAUGCCUGGAGUGCGGAAUGUGCUUUAGUUUCAAUGCAACCCUUAGAAGACAUCAACAGACUCACACAGGGGAGAAACCAUAUAAAUGUAUCGAAUGUGGAAAGAGUUUCAUUCGGAGUGGACACAUCAAUAUACAUCAACGGACACACACAGAAGAGAAACCAUUUAAAUGUACGGAGUGUGGAAAGAGCUUUAAUGAUAAUGGAAGCCUUAGAACACAUCAACCGGCUCACACAGGGGUGAAACCAUAUAAAUGUAUGGAAUGUGGAAAGUGCUUCAGUGAUAAUGGAAGCCUUAGAUCACAUCAACGGACUCACAAAGGGGAGAAACCAUUUAAAUGUAUGGAGUGCGGAACGAGCUUCAGUCAGAGUGGAACCCUUGAUUUUAAUGAACAAACUCACACAAAACACAAACCUUAUAAUUAUCAGGAAAGUAGAUAUAGGUUCAGUCCUGGUGGAAAUUCUAAAUCAACAGAUUUGCGGACAGGAAGAACUUUAGGAGUUGAAGCUCUUCAAACCAUCAACAAACUCAAAGAGGAGAAGCAGUUUAAAUGAAAAGAUUGCAAAAAGUGCUUUAUUUACAAUGGAGUGUUUAAGGAAAAUCCAGAGACUCUCACAUGUAAGAACCCAUUUAGAUGUAUGAAGUGUUGGGUGUCUUCCUCUCAGAGUCCACUCCACAGAAAUGAACUCAGGAGGAAAUCAGUCUUUAACAUAUGUUGUGUAUGUGAAGUUCUUGUAUUUAUGUGGAAAACUCUAUAGUAAUGAAAUAUUGAAGGCAAUGUCAAACAAUGUGAUUAUAAUCUAAGAUGUAAAGUACCUUUCGAUAGAGAAGGGGUGAGGAUUUAUCUGGAUUGCUUGUGGUCAGUGAGGAUUAGGGCUGGGCGAUAUAUUGUCCAAACUGGUUUCUAGACCACAUUGUGAUAACCUUUCAAAAACAAUUGAUAUGGCAACACACCACAGAUCACAGUGUGUGUUUUGGGAUGCCCAUUUGCCUGGAAGCUGCCAGCAGAAAGGUUUGCUUCGUGAAGCCCCUGCAGAUGUCAAGUUGCUGACCUCUCCCAGAUGACAGGAAGCAAAAGACACACCUCCAUUGCCCUGUGUCAUUCCAGCCUCUUUCCUCCUUUGCUCCCUUCUGCCGGAUUGUGUGCCUGACUUAGAUAUCCUGUGUGCUGUAUUUUUCUACUGCUGAAACUGGAUUUGCUCUCAGGAGCUAAGUUUUGUGCCUCACUGGGGACCCAGUGAGAACUGUAUGCUUUGAAAACUAAGUAAACUAUUACUGAAGAAGUCCGGCUGCCUCUGUGUGUGUUUUUGACCUCAGUGUGGGACUUGCUCUUCACGUGGCCCC